CAGGAAACAAGUUGGCGUUAUCACAAGUGCGGAACGUGGUAUUAACACCACGGUAAGCUGUUGUGUAAACGCCUUUGGCACGUUUAUACCCCCAAUGAUGGUUUUUGCUAGAAAAAAUAUGAAAAAUGAACUAGAUGACGAAGCUCCUUCUGGUACUUUAGGUGUAGCACAACAAUCAGGGUAGAUGACAACUGAGUUAUAUCUCAAAUGGAUGAAACACUUUUCAAAGUUUUGUUAAAUCGUCUACUGAAGAUUACGGUAAUUUUGAUUGUCGACGGUCAUGCAAGUCAUAAAGGAAUUGAAGCUUUAGAAUAUGUGGAACAAAAUGGUAUUAUUAUUGUUUGUCUACCUACCCCCACAUUGCACUCACCGUAUGCAGCCCCUAGAUGUUUCAUUUUUCGCGCCCUUGAAGACUUACUUUAAUCAAGCAAUAUCGAAGUGGCUGAAAAAUCAUCCAGGGCGUGUGGUUACACAACUACAAAUAGCAGGUUGAUUCAACGAAGCGUAUGGAAAGGCAGCUACAGUACAAAAUGCUUGUAAUGGAUGAAAAAGCACGGGUAUUUGACCUCUGAGUCCAGAAAUAUUUCCAAACUAUAUGUACGAGCCUGCAGAGACGACGCAUAUUCCACUAAACGAAGAAGAUGCGCUAUAUACCACCACAUUUAACGAUAUUAGUGAUGGUCAAACAAUAGCCCUUACUCAACCAGUCGACAAUCAACUGCAAUCAACUUCAACUUCAGAAUACCCUUCGUCUUGUGACCUAGCUGUCCCUCUCGAGGAGAUAUCUCCAUUAUCAAAAAGACGCUUUAUCAGUAGACAAUGGAAACGUACAGUUAAAGCUAGACAAACUUCCUUGGUGUUAACUUCCACGCCCAAUAUGGAAAAAAUUAAGUCCAAAAGUAAGCCCAAAGAUCCACCAGAAAAGAGGAGAAGACAAAUUACAAAAACGUUAUUUGAAGAAGAGAGCGAAGGCGACAUUAGUCCUCAAAACGUCGAAGAUGAUGAAGAGGACUGUUUAUGCAUUUAUCCAAGCCUUGUGAUGAUUGGUUACGGUGCAUGAAAUGUUCACUUUGGGCUUGCG